CAUCGCCAUCUCCUGGUGGGGCUUUGCUGCCGGAGCACCCUGGCCGUUCACAGCCACCACUCCAGGCCAUUCAACGCCACCACCCCUGGCCGUUCAUUGCCAGCAGCACCCUGGAUCCCACCCCUCACCCUAGUUGUUUCAGUUAUCGAGGUGCUCGUCGGCGUUCACAAGAAGCAGGCCAUCGAGAAGGAGCUGGGCGACAUGGUGCAGCGGAGCUCGUUGACGAUGAAGGAUGUGAAGCUUCACCACCAUUCACAACUCCAGUAUGGUCCAGUUCGUCAUGAGGAUUUGGAGCUUCAACUUUUCCAGUUCAUCUUUCAUAUGCUUUUUAGUACAUCUACUUCCUCAUUAUGGAAGAAGGAAAUCAGUCCAACAGGUGCAUCUAAAGUGACAUGUCGUGCACCACCCACUCGUCCUCAAGCUGCUCGUCGUGUCAUGCCGGCUUGCCAUCAACCACAGUUGUGGCUCAACUCCCACGGUGCUUCCACGACCACCACACGCAGCCUCCCUCUAUUGUUGCCCUCACCAUGCUCUCCUGCGUAUUGGCGGCCUCAACGAGCUGACUAUGGUUGCCGCUCCUGCGUGCUGCAGUACGCCGUCGAGCUGGUCACCAUUUAUAUUUUUGUUUUAAGUUCAUUUGUGUUCUUGUUGUCAGGUCGCCUACAAAUUUGUUAUCGUUGUUAGUUCAUGUGUGUUCUUGUUGUUAGGUCCUGUGCAAGUUUGUUAUCAGUUCAUGUGUAUUGUGUUUC